CCACUUAGUCAACCAGAAAGCUACUCGCGAAUAAAGAAAUGCUCCUUGUGAAUAAAGAAGAAGGAGAAGGAGCUAUCUGUUUUUUCAGAACUAGCACAAGCAUUGAGGAAACCGAUUGUGAGAAAAAUUGAAGAAGAAGAAGAAGCAUCAAAGAAACCAGCGCAAAUGGCGAGAAAAAUCGUAUCGUCUGUGUUGGGAAAAAUUUCCAAUCUUCUUAUCCAAGAGUCAGAUUCACUGCUUGGAGUAGAAGAUCAAAUUCAAUGCAUUGAAACCCAAUUGAGAAAGGAUGCUGAUAUGUCUGUUAAUUUUUCUGAUAAGAAGGCUUUCAAAGAAACAGUUUACGAUCUUGAAGAUGUGAUUGAUCAGUUAAUUAUCAAAUCAGCCCAGAGAAGAAUCAGAUAUGCUUGCAUUCGCUCUGUUAUGGCUUUCGUUCAUCUGCCAAUGUCUUUAUUUUAUAUUUUGGCUCUUGUUGAUUUGCUAGAUUGUUACAGGCUUCGUGAGAAACUAGAAAAGAUUAAGAUUACAAUUUCCCCGCGUUAUCGUCCAGUUAUGCAGUCUGGUUACUGGCACAAGUCCUUUGGCAUAUACGAAGUGGGCAUUGGCUACUCUGUAAUUUCUCCUGUUAUGGGUUUGUUUGAGGCCUUAGCCACUCAGCAGGAGCUUCGUCCUGAUGUGCGACGGCAAGCCAGGAGAUUAAGAGACGAAUUCAGGUCUUUGCACGACUUUCUAAAAUAUGUUGAACAAUCAAAAGAAUUAAGUGAAGCAGGAAUGGCUUGGAUGGAGGAACUCUGCGAUGUUUGUCGCUCAGCUGAGAAUGUUGUUGGUUUCUUCAUGCAACAGAUGAAGAACGGGAGGAGAGGACCUUUCCAAAACUUGGUCUGGGCUCCCCGGCAUGUCAUUUCCCAGCAUAAGCUUUUCCGGCAGAUGGCCCGGAUUAAUGAUAAGAUCCGUCAUCUUUCUGGUAGAAGACAUAAAGCUAUUGCAAUGUUAAGGAGUGACAAUUUUAAAAGCUUAUAUCAAAAGAGAAAGCCACAUCCUCUUGAUGCUGAUCAACUUGAUAUAGUUAGCUUCCAUGAGGAUGUAGAUGCAGUUACGGCACAGCUGCUGAAAGAUGAUCCUCGCUGCAUCACCAUUUCAAUUGUGGGGGUCCGAGGCGUUGGAAAGACAAGCCUUGCAAAGUUAAUCUAUGAAAGCCAGACUAUUGUAGACCAUUUCCCUCGUCGUAUCUGGGUGUCUAAUGUAUGUCAAUUGUGGCAGGUAGUGAAUGAUUUCUUCUUGGAUGAGAAGCAUCUCAUAGUUGUUGAUGACUUGUGUUUAAAGGAAGCUGGCAAUCCAAUAGAAUUCUUGAGAAACAUGGGAAGAGUCUUCAAUGACAUAUCAAAUGGAACAAGACUACUUGUCACAGUUUCCAAUUUGAGGAAAGCUCCACCAGUUACUGAAACUAGUUUAACUUACAGCCUGCAUCUUCGAAGCCACGACGAGAGCUGGGCGCUGUUCACGCACACUUUGAAGGUAAACAUCUGCCGAGAGAUGGAGAAUCUUAAGGGACACAUCAUAAGAAAAUGUGGGGGGCUGCCAUGGGUAAUUGUGGAACUAAGUGAACUACUAUCACAAAAAGAUGCAACUCUAAAGGAGUGGUCAAAAGUACUUGACCACUUAAAUCAAGAUCAAGAGCCCUGGUUAGAAAUCCUAGAUGAGAUUAACAAGCAUUUACCUUUGCAUUUGAGAAGAUGUCUCUUUUAUUUUGGAUUAUUUCCAGCAGGCUUUAAGAUCCCUGCAAGAAGAUUGAUUGCCUUGUGGGUUGCUGAGGGUUUGGGGUGCCAACAGAGUAACGAACAAUCCCCUGAAUAUGUUGCAGAGGCAUGCUUGAUAGAGUUAAUGAACUAUAAUAUGGUUCAGGUGACAGAAAAGAAACUUAAUGGGAAAGUUAAGUGACUCGCGACAUGUUGCCUACCUGAAGCUCUGCUAGUACACUGGUUCUCAAAAGCCAAGGAAGCUAAUUUUCUUCAAGGUCACUCUGACGUUUCCAACUCCAACAUAGGUGUAAUACGCCGUCUUGCUGACCAUCUUCAGCAGAGUGAUGCCAUCUUUGAUGAUAUUCAUGGUUACAGCAAUGCUUCCUUGUACUCUCGCUACAGAGAUGUGGUCUCCUUUUUAUCUUUUGAUACACGAGAAGGAAGCAGACCUGGAGAAGAUAUAGGGAACUUUCUUGAUAGAUCCAUCUCAAGCAACUGCUUCCGGUUCCUCUGGGUGUUGGAUCUGGAAAAUGUAUACAAGCCAAAACUGCCCAAGGCAGUGGGUCAAUUGACUUGUUUGAGGUAUUUUGGCUUGAGAUCAACAUACCUGGAGAUGCUUACUGUGUCCAUCAACAAAUUGCUGAACCUUCAAACACUGGACUUAAAGCGCACUUUCAUCGACACUCUUCCCAGUUCAAUAUGGAAGAUGCAAAAGCUAAGGCAUUUGUUUCUUGAUGAGAGUUUCCAUAAUGCUUUGCGUGGACAAGAAGACAGCUCUCUCGUGGACCUUCUGAUAAGCGUGAUCAAGGGGCCAAAAAUCAGUGGCCUGUUAUACUGA